UCUAGCUAGAGCCCUGUCGCUAACCGCCAUGACGAUUAUAGCUUUUACGAUAUCUCGGAUUUACCAAAUCAGUCGAUUGACAACCAAACUGCCAAAAUGGCACAAUUGAUAACCAACGUGUUUGAGAAUGGUGUAACCAGCAUUGGCUAUGCGUACAUUGAAGAUAUUGGCGACUGUCGCGGUUACACGAGUGGCUAUAUUGGCUUCACGUCAGGAACCAACGAUGCGUAUACGGUGGUCUUGCAAUACCUGAAAAAGAACUCCAAAUCACCCUUGAAAAAGAGUCUCAAGGAGUUGAAGCGCUUGUCACAAUAUGAUUUCAGCGAUCCACGCCGUGCAGAUAUCAGCAAACUAAAGAAAGCCGGGUACGCCAAAGCGUGGAAAAACGCAGCGUGUACGGAUGCAGCCUUUGUGCAGACUCAGUUGGAUAUCGGCCAUGCCAUGUAUCUGAAACCAGCACUCAAAUACGCCGCCAGUGUCGGCGUCCAUUCGAAUCUGGGGAUGGCGUUGUUUUAUGAUACGAUUGUCCAACAUGGCUGGCAGUACACCGAGCCGCAGAUCAACCUUCCCAGAAUUCUACAUCUGACCGGAAAGAAGCGAUCCAGCGAAAGUGAGAAACAAUACUUGACACGUUUCCUGACUACUCGACGACAGCUGGCAUGUUGCUCGCCUAGUUCAGUAUGGAACGAUUCAGCCAGUCGGAUGUCUGAUUUGCAAAAGCUGGUUGAUGAUUGGGAGCGCAACAAGGAUCUCAAAGAGUCAGUGCAUCUCGAAUCCUUUGAUGUCACCGUGAAAGGGACCGAGGGUUUGACAAGCGACAAGGAGAACUGCGGCAGCAGCAAAAAGCUUAAAGGCAAAGCACAGCCCAAGGAUUUACCGAUCCCUGACACUUGUCCAAAUCCGUUGAUGUCAUAACAUAAUCAGCCCCCUUCCCCGGUUUUGAAACAAAUAAAAGAAACUCUAACAAAACACGUUACGAAAAACUGAUAACGGGAAUCCGAUAAAAUACCCAAAAAAUUUGUGUGUGAUGCGUUUUUAUCGGAAGUUGGAGUUUUUUUUUUUUUUUUGGGAUUAGGUGGGUACA